AUGGAUUCUUCUGACGAAGAAGUGCGUAUUAAUAUGGAUCGAUUUGAAGAACAACAACGAAUAUUCGUUCAGGCGUUGAAACAAAUUGAUGACGAGUCAGAUAAAGAUAAAGAUCUAACCAACAACUUGUUGCAGCUAUAUUCAUCGGGGAAAAUACCUAGAGAUCCAGAGCCAAAAGAAGUGUUCACAAGAAGAUAUACGUACCGGGAUCGGGAUGAAUGGCACGAGAAGCUGAUGCACGAUUAUUUUCUUCCCGACUGUGUGUUCUCUGAUGAAAAUUUUCAAGGCCUAUUCCGCAUGCCCCGACAUUUGGUGCUAAAGAUUAUUGGUGAGCUUUGUCAGGUAGAACCUCAAAUUAAUUAUCAGUAUGAUGCACUGAAUAUUAGGGGUCAUAACCCUGAACAAAAGGUUAAUUCGGCCUUAAGGAUUCUAGGAUAUGGCAGACCUCCAGAUUUUAAUGAUGAGUACCUUCGCAUUGGCAAAACAACCACAUACAAAUGCCCUACCUAUUGGGUCGGUCAGUAUAAGGGUCACUACGCAAAACCAACGGUUAUCCUUGAGGUUGCUGCUUCUUAUGAUUGUUGGAUAUGGCACACUUUUUUUGGUCUCCCGGGAUCUCAAAAUGAUAUAAAUGUUUUACUCAAAUCGUCUUUGUUUGAAGAUUUAAAGUAUGGAAUUUCUCCUCAGGUAAAUUUCAGUAUCAACGGGAAUCACUACACUGAUGGUUAUUAUCUUGCAGAUGGAAUUUAUCCAAAAUGGUCAACUUUAGUUCAAUGUUACCGUCAGCCACCUGCCGGUGAAAUGGGUCGUUCAUACUCAUAUUUUAAUAGUAGACAAAUGGAUCUGAGAAAGGAUGUGGAACCGGCUUUUGGGAUUCUGAAGCGGAAGUUCGCAAUAAUUUGUGGGCCUUAUCGUGGUCUAAGUGCUCGUGAAAUGCAUAAGACUAUGCUGACUUGCAUCAUUAUGCAUAACAUGGUAAUGCAGGAAACUCGUCAUAAUAAGAAUUGGACUAACCAUCAAGAUGAAGACUCAAGGCUUGAGAUUAUACCAGCAAGAGGAUUACCUGUAAGGAACUAUGCGAAAAUGACCAGUCAUAUUGAGAACAGAACUCUGUAUAACAUGUUAAGGGAAGAUCUCAGAGCGAAUAUGUGGGAUGAGUUUGGAAGAGAUGGAGGACGAAUUGAGUAG